AAAGAACUCACGCCCAAAAAAUUAUCCUGCCAAUCAAACUGUACAAUCUAUUAAACACAUGGUACAAGACGCAAAGCUCAUAAAUCUGCUUCAUUAUUCUUUUUCCGAUCUGUGCCUUACUACUGUCAAUGGCUCCACUAUUAUCAUCAUCAAAGGGAGUAGUAAUAUCAGUGCCGGUACUAAUUCUCUCCGGCGCCGCCUUCUCCGCCGUAUUCCUCUUCUUUCUCUUUUCAUCACCACCCCAAACUCCGCCCUGUAAUUGCCCCACAACCACCGCCGCCGCCGUCAGUGGUGGGUCCAGAUCCGGCAACGGAGAAGGGAUAUCCACGUCAUCAGAAGAUAUAGAGUGGGUGAAGAAACAGAUCCAGGGUAAUGGACUACAUAUGGCUGAUAAUGUGUUACGUAAAGGGAUUAAUCCUCGUACACGUCAGCAGCAGCUCCAGGAUCUUCUUCAGUUCAAGGGCAUAUCACAUUAUGAAGAACAAGCAAAUAAUCACACAGCCCUUCCUUGUCCUGGUGAACUGCUUGUAGAAGAGCACCAUAGCAAUUAUGGAGAACCAUGGGCUGGAGGGAGGGAUGUUUUUGAAUUCCUUGCAGAGUCAGCCCAUCUAACCCCAAAUUCCCAAGUUCUUGAGAUUGGAUGUGGGACUCUUCGUGUUGGAUUACAUUUCAUCCGGUAUUUGAACCCAGAACACUUCCACUGUCUUGAGAGAGAUGAACUUUCUUUAAUGGCUGCAUUCAGGUAUGAGCUUCCAUCCCAAGGGCUAUUACACAAGCGUCCCCUUAUCGUUAGAGGUGAAGACAUGGAUUUCAGUAAAUUUGGAUCCGGAACUAUGUAUGAUCUGAUAUAUGCAAGUGCUGUUUUUCUACAUAUGCCUGAUAAACUUGUUUGGAUUGGUUUGGAGAGGUUAGCUGGUAAAUUGAGACCUUUAGAAGGUCGAAUCUUUGUGUCACAUAAUAUCAAGUUCUGUUCACGGUUGAGAGGAGAAGAAUGCACAAAGAGGCUGAAUGAUUUAGGGCUAGAGUACAUUGGCAAGUUUACACAUGAUAGUUUGCUAUUCAAUCACUAUGAAAUUUGGUUUGGAUUUAGGAGAUUCAGAGCUUGAAGUCGUUUUCAACUUGUUUGAAGACCUAUUAUUCUCAUGUCUAAAGCUAUCGUUGAGCUGCAUUCAAAGCACGCUCUUGCCCGUACAUUCUUUUGUUGCAAUUCUUUGCUGGAAGUCUGGCACGAAAUAGAUCUUUGUAGCAUUUGUGUGUAAGAGAUACUGCAAUUUCCCAUAUGGGGGUGGAUCGUCAUUUACAGAAAGGGUAGCUCCUAGACUUGAAGAAUCGAGCAUUAGCUACAGAGACUGAUCAUGUGAAGAAGAAAGAAUUUCUUGCAGAAAAUCUGGAGUAUGAAACAAGGUUGAUCUGUAUCCUACCUGAGUUUGUAACUUUGGUGUAUCGUAAACUUCUAGCUGUGGCAGGCUUUUUAAUAUCUGCUCUUUGUGCAUUAUUUCGGCGACCACUUGUGAAUCAAGUGAGCUAAUUCUUAUUCUUCCUUCUAGAUUUUAAUCAUCCUACUCCAGUAGGAGACUAUCUAAUUUUGAAAGUAUAAGUUCUUUCUUUCA